CACAAAUUGAUGUGAGGUUACAUGAUUGCGCGGCAAGACCACCAAAACAAACGUGCUGCGACGUGUCCGACACCCACCACCAGCAGAGAGAUGCUGGGCGAGGACAUCAUGAAUGAGGACCAGUGCACGGUGUGCGGUGCAUACGGGGAGCUGGUGUGCUGUGAUGGGUGUCCAAGGGCGUACCAUGUUGGGUGCUGUGAUAUCAGUGCGGAGGAGCUCAAGUCCGAUGCGGAGUGGCUGUGCAGCCAGUGCAGAGGAGAGCAAGGAGAACAAGGGAACCAAGACACCAGUGGCGUUGCCACGACCAACGCUCCCAAGCGAGCCAAACUCGAGCCGAACCCUGGCGAGCAUGAGGACCAUGAAGGGGAGGACCAGCAGCACAACAGCAGCAGCAGCAGCGGGGCGGAGCAAGGAGCGCCUGCAGCGGCGAGUGACGCGGAACGCGCCACAGGCAGUGCUUCGCAACAGCCAGCGAGCGCAGCUGUGACACGCAGCUCGUCGUCCCAGUCUUCGCCUGCAGCAACGUCAUCGCGUGCGUCUGCCACUGCAACGCCCUCCCGCUCCCUUUCUCGAGCGUUGUCAGUGACAGCGCCAGUCACACAAGAGCAGCAGCAGCCGCAGCAGCAGCAGUCGGGAGAGCAAUCGGGAGAGCAAUCGGGAGAGCACCAGCAGCAGCAACAAGAGCGACAACAGCAGCCGCUGCGGUUGGAGGAAGGACGGUGCAGCUUCUGCAACCAAACUGGCCAGGUGUUGAAGUGCACAGGCUGCUCAAAGCCGUUUCAUGCCUACUGUGCCCUGCUGGAGAUGGACGAGGUGCCAACCCGCACGAGCUGGUUCUGCGAGGCGUGCGUGCACAGCGGCACCAGCGUAUCCGCCACCGUCAGCGCCACGCAGCAAAGCGCCACCAAGGCACAGCCGAACCUGGACUCGAUCCUGCGCAAGGUGGAUGUGGAGCGAAUCCAGAGCGGGCGGUCGCUGACAAACAGCGCCAUGCGCAAGCAAACGCGGCCGCGGUCUGGGCAGAAGGUGCACGGCCCAACGAGCGCCCUGUCGUCGUUCCUGCGCGAGAAGGGCAUCACCGCACCAAACAGGGGCGCACGCUGGCGUCGCUCGCAGCGCCCACACUCCAGUGCACAUGAUGAUGACGACGACGACGACGAUGAUGACGAGGACGAUGAUGAUGAUGAUGAUGAUGAUGUUGCUGCUGUGCGUCGGGGCGGUUCCAGUGUGAAGGGAAAGAGGGCGAGUAAGAAGCAGCAGCAGAAAGAAAAAGAAAAGGAGAAACAGAAGCAGAGGAAGGAGCGACAGCGCCUGGCCGUGCUGCGUGCCACCAGGCGAGUUGCUGCGCAAGCACAAGACAGCAAGCCUUCACCGGAGGUGCCACCAGCCUCAGCGGCAUCUGCCACCGUUGGUCCGUCGUCCUCAGCGUCAACAGCAUCGCCAUCAUCGUCAUCGUCAUCAUCGCUGUUCGCUUCCCUGGCUCAAGGCAAAACGCCUGCCAACAAACGCCUCGCGUCUCGCAAGCACAGUGCAACAGCCCGUGCCAUCAUCAUUGAUGACGAUGAUGACGACGAUGAGGAUGGUGAUUUUUUUGCUCCCGCCAGCGUGGCUGGUGCUGGUGAUGGUGACAGACCUGCACUUCGGCGCUCACGGCGACAACGCCGACCACCACCACCACGCAGCAUCGAUGAUGACGACGACGACGACGAUGAUGACGAUGAUGAUGAUGAUGAUGAUGAUGAGUUUGUGGGGCUGCGUCGUCGUCGCCUUGGGCGGUGUGGCGGUUGCGGCUGUCGUGUUGCAAAGGGGCAGGUUCUGUGCGUGCCCUGUCUGCGCCACAGCAAACGCGACAAGACCAACGACAACGACGAUGGUGACGUUGACAAUGAUGAUUAUGAUGGUGAUGACAACGGAGAUGAUGCCACGUACACCCCACCGCGUCGGCGCGACCAACGUGCAGCAGCCACCAAGUGCAGCACCAGCACUCGCAGCAGUCGCAGCAGCAACAGCGGUGGUGGCCGACGUGGCAGCGCAGCGGCGAAGCAGGGAGGAGGAGGAGGAGGAGUGAGCAGCAAGGCACGUCAGACACCAACACGACGGUCGAGAACAGCGGGCGCAAAGGGCAGCAAGCGGGCAGCGACAGGCUCGCUUCUGCAUGAGCUGCGGGGAGGAUCACUCAUCUCCCUGCAGGACAUGUGCGUGCGGUUUCUCGUCAAACACAUUGAUUGCGUCACGGACUUUGGCGACAUUGCGGACGAUGCCCUGGAUCGCAUCUGUGCUGUCAUCUGCAAGCAGAAUAAGCUGACAGAUGCAACGCUCAAGCUGUUUGUUCGUCCGUCGCGCCAGCACUUGCAGCUGUUUGACUGCGCCAAUCUCUCGCCGCAGAGCUAUCACGACCUGUUUGUGACGUGUGGUGCCCUCUCCACCCUCGCCCUCGACCUCUGCGGCCAAAUCGACGACGAUCGGCUGCUGAUGCUGCCGAGGUGCUCGCCGCUCGUGUCAGAUCUUCAGCUCACGGGCGCAUUCAAGGCGACAGACGCGGUGAUGGCCGCUGUCAUCUCGGAGCUGAAACUCAGGCGCUUUGCAUUCAGCUCCUCAAACACCCUCGCCGACAAGACUCUCAUCGCACUCUCAAAGCAGCAAGGCUUGGAGGAGCUUGAGUUGAAGCAGUGCCUGAAGAUAUCGGAUGCAGAAGUCGCGCCACUGUCCAGUCUCCGCAACCUCACCCGCCUCUCCCUCGUCCAGUGCGAACUCAUCACAGACCGCGGCCUGGUUGCUGUGCUGGAAACUGUGGGCCCGAAGCUGACGCAUCUCAACGUGCACGGCCUGGCGCAGGUGACUGACCGGGCAGUGCUGACAAUUGCGCGCAAGUGCUCGCGUCUGCACGAGUUGAAUGUGGCGCAUCUUCCCGACAUUACAGACGAGGGAGUAGUCGCACUUGCCGACGGCUGCAAACAGCUCAGGUCGCUCAAUUUUGCUCGCUGCGUGGAGUUGACGGAUGGGAGCGUGGGAAAAGUGCUGACGGCCAACCCACGCCUCACCCACCUGUCGUUGCACAGCCUGGACAAGCUGUCCCUUGAUCUCCUUGCACCACUGUGCUCCCUCGUGCACCUGCAACACCUGGAUGUGUCGCUGUGUCGCAACUUGGACGUGUCGGACGAGUUUGUUGAUCGCCUCCUCAAACACUGCCCAGACCUCCAGCAGGUGACUGCGUGGGCGUGCUUGCGGUUGACAGAGAGCUCGCUCCGCCCGCGUCCCUCGCACCCGUCCUUCACCCUCGUCGGCUGCGCCACAAUCGUGUGAUGCGCUCAUGUGUGUGUGUGUGUGUGUGUGUG